CGAAAGUGACUCGAGAGUUCGCAGAAACGAGUAAACGUAUUUAAUUUUCACAACCUCCAACCCAACCUCCUCCUCCUCCUCCUUAUUCUUUACUCUCCUCCUCUGCUUUCUUCCACUUCCAAACCCUAGAAAAAACCAAAGAUUCCACCUUUAAUUGCAAAUGUAUCUCUUCCCCAACCCCUAAAAACCCAACUGCUCAAUCCCCACCCAGAUUCAGCUCCAUCCCACUUCAUCCAUGGCCGCAUCUUCCAUCUCCCACCACUUCGCCGCCGUGGCUUUCCUCAUUUUCUUCCUUAGAACCACUUCCACCGCCUCCAACUCCUCCUUUUCGUUUACCCAUUUCGGUAAAGUUUCAAACUUUGGGUCAGAUAUUGCUCUGUACGGAGAUGCAGAGGUCGUCAAUGGCGGAUACGCAGUUCAGCUCACGAGUUCUGUGAGCUCGAGCGCCGGCCGCGCUGUUUACAAGAAACCCAUGAAGCUGUAUGAAGGUAAGCCUCGGAAAUCCGUGUCUUUUUCGACGAACUUCUCGUUUUCUAUUUCCAACGGCGGUGGGGAUGGAUUGGCGAUUGUAGUGGUUCCAAUGGGUUUUAAUCUUAGCCUAUUUGGUAACGGCUCUUUUGGGCUUUCUCUGCGAAAUGGUGAAAGUAAAUUUAAAGUUGUUGCUGUUAAAUUUGAUGCAUUGAGUGAUGGAAAAGUUCAUGUUGGAAUUGAUGUGGGUAGUUCUGUUUCUGCUAAAGUAAGCAAUGUUUCUGCUAAGAAUUUGGGUCCAAGUAGUGGGAAUAAAACGCAAGGUUGGAUCGAUUACGAAGCGGGUUCGAAUCGGUUGGAAGUUAGGCUGAGUAAAUUCGGUGGUUCGAAGCCUGUUGAUCCUCUGCUGUGGUAUCCGAUUGAUUUGUCGAAAAUGUGGGGAGAUAAGGAAGUGUUUGUGGCAUUGAGUGCAAUGAGUAGGAAUUCGUCUCAGACAUGUUCUGUGUACUCUUGGAGCUUUGAGCAAAGGCAUGUGCCUCACUGGAUGCACUCGCAGCCGCUAGAUCCCAAGGCCGUUGCUAAGAACUCGAAGGCGGAGGCGUUGGAAAAGAAGAAGAAUUGUACAGAAAGGGCUUUCGGAGCAAUGGUUUUCGGUGUUGCUUGUGGAGCAUUGGCGUCGUUUGUUGGACUGUAUCUGUGGACCGUCCUUGGCAAUAGGCGUCCGGUGGUGCCGGAGGAGUAUGCUGAGAAGUCGAAAGAGUUUGAGUACGAGAAAAUGAAAGUAGUUGCAGAUAAUAAAACCAUCGAAGAUGGAAAGCAGUAGAUGCUUGAAUGUUGGAAGGCUAUUGUUUGUUGUGUUGUAAAUCAAUCUUGUAUUGUUACCUAGUAUUUUCGGGUUGUCCUUACUUGUACUAGUUGUAGUAAAUGUUGCAGUCAAUUGUCAAAAUUUAGUAGGUUUUGCUACUUAUUUUGUCCAUUGUUGAAGCACCGGGAUUCCAGUUUAGAACCCAAGAAAUCGAAACUUAGCAUGGUUUUCCCCA